AUGUCGUGCGUAUUCUUUUUGGUCGGCGACUUGCCGAGUAAACAAGUCUCCAUUUCCCUACCUCCUUCCAUCAAUUUCCGUAGCCUCAAGCAGGCCGUGUCAGAAAAGUUUAGUAUUAUCGAUCCAAGUGCAUUAUCCUUCCUCACAGGUGGCACUGUGUGCGAUAAUUUGGCUUCACUAAAGCAAUUCCCAAAACCUAUCGGCGUUUUGGUCAACGGACGUGCUGUUAGCGACCCUCCCGGACCCCGAGGUCUACCAUUCAUUGGGAGUCAUUGUGAGGUGUACCCUGAUCAUAUCGGGAAUCAUGAAAGAUUGUUUCAGAUCUACGGCCCCAUCUUCAAAACAACAAUCAUGGGCCGGACGGUUUACCACACCAACGAGCCCGAGAUUGUAGCACAUGUCUUUAAGGAGACCGCAUUCUUCACCAAGGAAAUUAAUGAGGCUCACCCCUUAUAUGGGGUAAAAAGUCCACACGCUGGUGUCUUCCUGACCGACACACACACGGAUGUCUGGAAAGAAGCCCAUAAGUUCAUGGUUCCAGCUUUCGGUCCCAGAGCAAUCGAUAAGUAUAGCACUGUCGUCGUUGCAACAGCUCGCAAGACAUUUCCGGUAUUUGAUAAACUGGAGGAAGAAAAUCUUGCUUGGAAUGUAUACGACUACAUGCUCAAACUUGCUUCUCAAAUAGUAGGGGAACUAUUUAUCGAUGCAGACUUUGGCCACUUCGAGAAAUUCGACUCUCCUAUUCAUGACACUGUCGCCGCCAUAUUCAGGCUUCUUGGUCUGAACAAGAAGGUCACCUCCUGGGGAGACUGGUAUACCUGGUUACCAUUUGGUGACCCAAAACGGCUGCGUGAUACGUGGCAUGAUGUUGGGUCACGUGUCGGAAAGCACAUUGCCGUAGCUUCAAUUGGGGAAGGCGAUAUACCUCUACAGGAAGCUGCCCUCAAGGCGAAGAAUCUGACUGACUAUUUCAUUCGCGCUACAGACAACAAGGGUAACAAGAUGUCGGCCGAAAGUCGAAGACCGGCACUUAUCGUAGCUGUCACGGCCGGGUUUGUUACCACCAGCGCACUUCUAUCUUGGCUGCUCUUCGGAUUAGUCACUUAUGAUGGUUGCCAAUCCAUCAUCCUGCAGGAGCUGGUCGACAAUGGCAUGACUGAGGAGACCGAGAUGACUGGGGAGUUUAUUGGAAAACUCUCAUUCCUUGAUAAGUUCGUCAAAGAGACUCAAAGACAUCAUACAACUUCUUUUCAACCCGCAAGAACAGCCAGAACUGAUCUUAUCUUGCCCAACGGCUUCCGGUUACCGAAAGGAGCCGUGGUUAUACCUGAGGUGCACCACCUUCACCACAAUAGUCAAAUUUGGGAGAACCCUACACGGUUCGAUCCUGAACGAUGGGAUACAGAACAGGUUAAGUCACGUCACCGGGCUUCCUAUAUUCCCUUCGCAAUGGGCCCGAGAAUGUGUAUAGCGAUGAACUUCGUGACACGGGAGGUGAAGAUAUUGCUGGCUCAACUGGUCUAUCGAUACGAGUUCAUCCGACACGGCACCAAUACAAUCGAGUACGAUCCUAUGUUUCAGACUAUUCGACCCAGGAAUUUGUACAUGAGGACACGGAAACGGGUAUCAUGGCCAAGCCUUACGAAAACAGAUUCAUGA